GGUGCUGAUUGCCGACCAAGUGCUCCGGCGGAUGGAAUUUCUUCAUUCUUUGGGUUUGAUCCAUCGGGAUAUCAAGCCAGAGAACUUCCUGUUUGGGGUGGGGCCGCGCAUCCAUAUCGUCUAUGUCAUUGACUUCGGCCUGGGCCGGAGGUAUUGGCGGGACAAGCGGCACGCCCCAAUGAGGACGUUGCAGACCCUGACUGGAACCGCACGCUAUGCCUCCAUCAAUGCGCAUAAAGGUAUGGAGCAAAGCCGGCGUGACGACUUGCAGGCAGUGGCACACAUGCUGCUCUACCUCCUGAGAGGUUCGCUCCCCUGGUCCGGCCUGGAAGCGAAAACGCAGGAAGAAAAGUACCGCAAAAUCAGAGAAUGCAAGGAGACCUAUCCCAUUGAUCAGCUUUGUGAAGGUCAUCCUCAAGAGUUCGGUAAGUUCCUGAAGGAAGCACGAGCACUGGCGUACACAGCUCGUCCUGAUUACCUUGGAUGGAGGAAGAUGUUCGCUAAUCUGCGAGCCGAAAUUGGUCCUCAAUCGGACUCAGACUUCGAAUUCUUGAAGGGAAGAGAGACAGGCACCCUUGACCCGAUCCAAGUCUAUGACAGCCUGGAGCAGCCAGAUGACAAGGAGGAUGCCAGAAAACCCGAGAGUUCGUGCUGUAGCAUUUCCUAACCACCGUCAUCCGGUGCGGCUUCAGUAGCUGUCAGGGUGCUGAGC